CAGAUUUGAGAAAUAAAGAAAAAGAACUUUAUAGACAAGUUAAAGAACUUAAAGACUCGAGCAAAGGUUCAAAUCAAGUCAGAUCAAUACGACUCAACUAUCAGACACAUAAACAAGCUAUUUAUACAAGUCGGUUUUUAAAUUAUCAAAAUCUCCCGAAACCAAUAAAUGCAG